AAAAUAAGUUGUUUUCACAUGCGUAUUCCAACACUUCCGUGUUAUACCUGCUUCUACCUUCGUAGGUAUCACCUGAAGAGGAAACUGGAUGCUGAAAGAUACUCCAUCAAGAGCAAUGUAAGUGUUCUACAUAACAUAGUUUUGCAGUAGCAGAUCAUGCCCUUCAGACACAUGCAUUUUUGAAAUGCCGUGGGUUAAUGAACUUCUUUGUAGAAUACAAUUCCAAGACCAUGCUGGAGUGCAACGUCUCCUUCAAUCUGGUACAUCACCAAACCGACAAAAUGUUGAUGAUCCGGUCCCUCUGCUCACAGCCAUGGACAACAGUGAUUUACACAUGGUGAAACUGCUGCUCGAUCAUGGUCCAACAGUUAACAUACAGGACGCUGACGGAGAAAGCCCUCUUCACUACGCCACGCAGGAUACGGUCAUGGCGGAGGUCAUGGAGAUACUGCUCCAUGCUGGAGCUGAUGUUAACUGUUUAAAUAAAUGGACAAGAACGGCACUGCACUAUGUUUGUUACGGCGGUGAUCUGGACAAGAUGGAAUUACUUUUGAAUAGUCCAGGAAUACGUGUAAAAGUACAAGAUGAAGAUGGAAACACAUGUUUACAUUCAUUAAUGACCUAUGAUGAAGGCGAAAACGAUGAUGUUGAGUUCUGGAAGAGAGGUUUAAAUAUGCUUCUUGAAGCUGGUGUUGAUGUAAACAUCACCAACAAGAAAGGACAGACAGUCUUACAUAUGGCAGCGGAACACGAACUUCAGGCGGAGACAAUACUAUCAAUACUUUUAACUAAAGGUAAUGGAUUUCAUUUUGAAGUGCAAGAUACCAACGGAAACAACUUUCUACUCUCGUACAUCAAUCGCCUUGGCAGUGACAGACAACUUUUGUGCAAAAUCCUGAAAGAAGAGUGUCAGUCAUUUCAUUCUAUACGUUCUGGAUUUAUCAAAGAUAUAAUAAAUAUGGAAGCUGAGAAUGGAGAAACACCUUUUCUGAGGUUUUUGUUUGGAUCCAGUAUUUUUGAUUUGGAAAUUCUGCAACACUUUGUUCGAGCUGGGGCAGAAGUGAACAAACCGAAUAGCUUGGGGAGGACACCACUCCAUCGAAUACUGAUGAAAGAAUUGAUUGAAAACCGUCUUAAUGUAUGCAAAAUUUUACUGGAUGGUGGCGCAUACACAAACGCCCAAGACGAAUUCGGGUUAACUCCGAUAUUUUGGGCAAGAACAGCCAAACAAGUAGGCUUGAUUUGCGAUGCCGGUGCUGAUGUGACACUUACAGACAAAUUUGGACGCAAUCCUUUGAUGAAUUUAACAUUUCCAAGAACUCUUGAGGCUGCAGAAGAGUUAGUUGUCAGAGGAUGUAGUGUUAAUACUGUCGAUAUGAACGGAGCCACCCCUCUUCAUUAUGCAGUAUGGAUGAAUGAUUUCGACCUGAUAGAAAUGCUUGUAACAGUCGGAGGAGAUUCUUCGCUUCCUGAUGGAGACAAUCGCACUCCACUGAUGCUAGCCGAGGUGUUAGAUCAUACAAAAAUAUGCGAAUAUUUAGAGAGGCAGAACUUAAAUACGUGUAACAAAGAAGGUCAAGGACAAAAAGAACAUGUUGAAAUUAUAUAUAAAAGAGACAACUCUUUUUCAAGAGAGCAUUGGCCCGGAAAUCAGCUAACGCUAAACGACAAAGACAUUGUCAAAGGUACGAAUAUCAUCGAUGCUUUAGAGAUGCAGCGAUAUAAUGGUAGUGUGCUGGCAAAACAGCUUCUCACUCGACCCGGCUCUGGAAAGCUCUUUGACAACCCGGAAACUACACAUGUUAUUGAUACCGUUCAACGCUUUGUUACAAAAUUAUCAGAACGAAUAUCACAACGUGAUCCAAGAUUCAAGAACGACAUCAUUCAAAUGGGAAGCAUGAGUGAAGGAACUAAAACAGGAUAUCCGGAUGAGUUUGACUUCGCAUGCUGUCUCUUGGAUAUCCUCCCGUAUUGUGAAAUCGAAAACGACAGAGGGCCAAGCCAUGAAGGCUUUGUGCGAAUGAAACUGAGAGAAGAAUCUCGAUUACCAAACCAGAUGGGCUCUUUCUUUGACAGAAAUGGCUACUUCAAAACAUAUCAUGUUAGGUUGAAACUUUUCGAGCUUGUCUGGGAUAUUUUACUCGAGAAAGAGAUGUGGCAAAACACAGAAAUCCUAUAUGUCGGCGACGACGAGACAGACGGAUUCGAUCAGAUGCCUGUCCUGAAUUUUCAAAUUCUGUGGAAUUGCCGAAUCUUUAAAGGUCUCAAAAUCAGUAUAGAUUUUGUGCCUGCCAUACGUGUCUACAAAAGUAUGGCUGAUUUCUCAGAGAAAGACAGUACCAAUAAUCCACAAGAGGAAAAUGCUUUGGAAAAUGGACUAUUGAUGUUGUUACACCCCCCAGAAGAGAUUACUCCAAAAACGAGAGAUGUUUUUGAAAUAGAAGAAGACACGUUUUCGAGAAUUGAAGUUUCGCACGACAAUGACCUGGACGAACUCGUUAAAAGUCGUCUUCGUGUGUCCUGUGCACCAGUGGAAGUUGCUUUCCUAGAUUCUCUACCAAAAGUUACGAGAGAGAGUUACAUUCUGGCUAAAAUUCUCAAAAAUGAAUGUCCAAAGGUGAGGUUCGACAAAGAUUUCUUUAAAGAACUGUAUGAUAGAGAUCCACUUGAAAUUCAACGACAUGAAGAUUCAAAUUUUGAACCAGGAGAAUAUGAUGCAUACCUGUCCAUAGUGAAGGCAUUCAAUGAGGCGUCCAACAGUGAUGAUGAAGAAAACAGCCUGGAAAUUGAUGUCACAUCAAAUACAGAACAGAAAGCUGAAUCAAAAUCACUGAAUAUUUCAAAUCAAACAUACUCUUCUGAUGACGAUUCUGAGUUGCACUUAUCAUUUGGUUCGUCAGAUAAUGUUGAAGAGCAGAUGGAAGAUGCUGGUUGUUCACCAGUGGAUUAUCUGAUGUCAGAUGAUGCAGAUCAUGAAGAAGAAGAUGAAAGUGCUUACACAGUAUUUGAAGCCAAUACUCUCAUCACAAGUUACAUGUUGAAGAAUGCACUGUUCCAUGUGAUUGGAAAACACCCAGAACUUUGUGAUCCAGUUUUGGAUCAAAGCACAGACGAAGAAUGCUGGAAGAUCACUUUGGACUUGACAAUUCAGAUCCUGGAGCAUCUGAAGGAUGUGAGUGACACUGGCGAGUUCCCAGUGUAUUUUCUUCCCCGUCAAAACAUUUUUAAAUUCGUAUACGAAUUUUGUCGGACCAUGGACCAGGAAGAAAUGGGGAGAAGGAUUCUCUCUUAUGGGAAAAGAAGGAACGUUUUUCUCAAUUUGAUAUUAACACUUUUGAGAGCACCAUGAACUUUCCGUUCACAAAAUGUACUUAAAGCAUUAAAGCUUUAGUAUUAUGGUAUCAUGUUGAAAUCUAAUAUAGUAAAAUAGGCAAGGUUUUGUUGUCAACGUCAAAUCUUCAAGACGGAAUAAGUGAUGAGCAAUUCAUACACAAUGCAAUACUCCGUUUAUUGAUUUAUUAUCCUGUUUGAACGCUGGUCAUAGGUAAUACUCAUAUGUUUUUAUUUUAACCCAACCCCACCUCUAUAAUUAUGAUGUUUUGGUAUCUAUGUUCAGUCAGCUUUGAUUGGAGCCUUAACCCACUCCGAUAGUUGGAUACUGCGAAGAAAUUCCAAGACAUGAUAGUGUAAUCAUGUACAAUUGACUUCCAAUAAUGAUAGAGAUAUCGUGAAUGGCAAAAGCGGACGUUUUUUAAUUGCUCAUAACCUAACUAGCACAAGUCUUCUCUUUUCUUUCGAGGGACUCAGAAAUGCAGCAAAAAGUUAAACAUAUUUCUUUUUCUGAUGCCUUGUAAGUAGGUUCAUUUGUCUAGCGAUAACCGCUGCACACUUGUGAUAUCACUAAGCCUUGGUGCAUAUUUUUUCGUUUCUGUUCUUUUUUCAAAUGUUUGAUCUAUAUCAUCAGACCUUUUUUUUUGAUAU